AUGGAUAACGGGAUCGAAGUCGUCGCAAAACUUCCGAAUCCAAAUGCCGGGCCGGCCCAUUACACGACGGCAUCUGAAGUCGCCACCCGGAAAAUGCUUCGAGAUGUCUUUUCCAUACCGGUUCCUCGCGUGCUUUCGUGGUCUUACGAUGCCGCAAAUAACCCGGUCCAAGCCGAGUACAUCCUCGAGGAAAAGGCACCCGGUGUCCGUUUAGGCGCUCUGUGGCCAAGUUUGCCGUGGAGAACAAAACUUGGCAUUGUUGAGCAGGUCGUCGAUUUCGAUUGCUCGCUGACCGGCGUGCAGUUCAAGAACCAUGGUUGUAUCUAUUUCAAGGAUGACCUCCGACGAUUGACCGGCAGCUCAGACGCCGUACGGUUCACCGCGGACCGGCAAAGCUUGAAUCUUGACCAAUAUGCUAUAGGACCCUUGACUAAAGCCGAACUCUGGGCCAGCGGCCGGGAGCAGAUGAACCUUGACCGAGGUCCGUGGCAAGAUUCUCAGGCGUAUACGCGAGCAUUAGGCGCGAACGAGAUGGCAUGGACACGAAGAUUUGCCAAACCUCGCAUGAAUUACUUCUGGUCGCUGGAAGAACCGGAGCUCCCUGGACACGCUCUCGAAUUACUUGCCAAAUACGAGCGAGUCGCACCAGCCAUGGUCCCCCCGGAAAACGAGUCCGCCACUGCGAACGUUCUAUGGCAUCCCGAUCUCCAUCUCGACAAUGUGUUUGUCGAUCCUACCUCGUACGGAAUCACGGGUAUCGUGGAUUGGCAGUCGACGAUGGCAGCCCCGCUCUUCUACCAGUCCGGUAUUCAUCGAGCGUUCCGACAUUACAAGAGCGUCCGCGAGGGCUGGGUUGUGCCGGAGAAGCCAGACAAUUUCGACGCGUUGCCUCCUGACGAACAGAAACGAGUCGAUCGGGAUCUGGAGAGCGAAACUAUCCACAAAUACUACGAGCUCCAGACUCUGAAGCGGGCGCCACGCCACUGGGAGUAUCUUCAACAACCCAUGGUGCCAGUGCUAAGGAAACCCGUCUGGCUCGUAACCGGGGUGUGGGAUAAUGGCGAUUUGUUUUUCCUGCGUGAUUCGCUCAUUACUCUCUUCACUAGAUGGAACGAGAUCUUUGGCGAAGAUACGCAGUGCCCAAUUACAUUCUCAGCAGAAGAACUGAAACGGCAUGCGCGAGAGGAAGGUAACGUUGACGGCCUGGGAAAAAUGCUGUCGCUCUUUCGAGACCAAGGCGUCCUGCCAGCAGAUGGUAUAGUGCAGCCCGAGGAUUACCAGACAGCGAUUGAAAACUGCCGCAAGUACAAGCAGAUCUUUCUGAAUGCGGCCCAGAACCAGUACGAGCGGGAUCUGUACUCCAGGAUUUGGCCGUACCAAGAUGUUUCCGAGGGGAUCUAG